CGACUCAGUCAAAGGGGCCAGUGUCAUUUGAGGAUGUGACUAUGGGCUUCACCCAGGAGGAGUGGCAGCACCUGGACCCUGCUCAGAGGACCCUGUACAGGGACGUGAUGCUGGAGAACUAUAGCCACCUCAUCUCAGUGGGGUAUUGUGUUACCAAACCAGAGGUGAUUUUCAAAUUGGAGCAAGGAGAAGAGCCAUGGAUGUUAGAGGAAGACUCCCAAAGUCAGAGCCACCCAGUUGACCUGAUGGAGAAGAGCCAGGAAAAGGAAGUCCAGCAUUGGUGGAAAGUUGAUUUUGUCAACAACAAAACACCGACUGAAGAGAGAAAUAGUGUAUUAGGAAAAACAUUUUCUCUGGAUACAAACUCUAUUUUAUCAAGAAAAAUACCUGGUAAAUAUGACUCAUAUGGAAUGAAUUUGGAUUCUCUUUCAGAAUUAAUCAUUAGUAAUAGACACUCCUUUGUAAGGCAGCUUGAUGAGUUUAAUACACAUGGGAAAUUACUCCUCUGUACAAAGCACAGGAAUUCUCAUUCUAGAGAGAAAUCUUUAGAAUAUGAUAGAACUGGAAAAGCCAUUAGUCAAAAUGACAUAUUUCAGCAUCAAGAUACUCAAAUUCUGAAGCUUUCUUCUGAAUAUAAUGAAUGUGGGAAAGCCUUCAAUGAGGGGGCAACUUUCAUUACCCAUAAGAGAGCAAGCUCAUGGGAGAAGCCCUAUGGAUGUAAUGAACAUGUCAAAGCCUUUUCUGAUAGACCAACAUUCACUGUUCAUCAGGGAACUCAUACAAGGGAGAAUCACUAUGAAUUGAAUGACUGUGGGAGGUGGUCUGUUGGUGAGAAGUCAACUUUAAGUAAGCACCAUGGAGUUAUCAUGGGGAAGAGAUACUAUGAGUAUUGGGAAGUAUUCUGCAAGAAGCCAAAUUUCAUUCAGCAUCAAGAAACACAUAUAGGGAAAGAAGUCUAUAAAAUUAAUCAGUGUGCUACUGCAUUUUACAAGAAGCCAAAGCUUCCUACAUAUCAGAAAACAGAUAUAAGAGAAAAACUCUAUGAAUGUAGUGAAUGUGGGAAAACCUUCAGCCAUAAGUCAUCUCUCAUCCUACAUCAGAGGAUACACAGAGGGGAGAAACACUAUGAGUGCACCAAAUGUGGGAAAACCUUUGGGUAUAGGUCAGGCCUCACAGUACAUCAGAGAACACACACAGGGGAGAAACCCUAUGAAUGUAAUGAAUGUGGAAAAAAUUUCUGUGAGAAGUCAAAUCCCCGUGUACAUCAGCGAACACACAGAGGGGAGAAACCCUAUGAGUGUAAUGAAUGUCAGAAAGCCUUCAGUGCUAGGUCAGCUCUCACAGUACAUAAGGGAAUACAUAGUGGGGAGAAACCCUAUGAAUGUAAGGAAUGUGGGAAAACUUUCUCCCAGAAGCCAAACUUCAUUAAUCACCAGAGGACUCACACAGGAGAGAAAACCUAGGGAUGUCACAAAUGUGGAAAAUCCUUCUCUGUGAAGUCGAAACUGAGGGAAUAUCAGAGAACACACACAGGAGAGAAGCCUUAUAAAUGUAAUGAGUGUGGAAAAACUUUCUACCAUAAGUCAUCCCUCACAGUACAUCAGAGAACCCAUACAGGGGAGAGACCCCAUGAAUGUAACCAAUGUGGGAAAACCUUCUAUCAGAGUCAUUCCUCACAACACAUCAGAGAACACACUAGGGAGAAACACUACAGGUGUAAUGGAACCUUUCACCAGCAUCUCAAUUUCAGUAAACAGCAGAGAAACAGUACUAAGAAGAAACCCCUGUCAACAUCCUGAAACCUUCACCCUCUUGUUGGACUCAUUGCAUAGCAGAAACAACCUGGGGCUGAGGUGGGGGACCCAAUAUAUAUGAGAAAUCUUUUGCCUAGAAGUGACAUUUCAUUG